UGUGGGUACCAUUAUCGAACUGUUCGUAGCUCAUUAGGUGAAUAUGUAUACGGUUUAGCAUUUUCCUUGAUGCUCGCUUGGCGGGUCUGGCAGCCGCUUAUUGUCAACAUGCCACUUUCAUUCUUUUACUAAGCAUUGCGCCCAUUUCUUCCCUUUUGGCUGUGUUCUUGCUCUUGUAAAUGUAAAUGUACAGAUGUCGCCGGAACGACUAUAUGGUUUUGUGCAAAGUGUUUAGCUUCACCCAAUGACACCAGUGUCUUGAAAGGAAUGAAAAACGCUAUACUUACCAGCUCGCUCAAGUAAUCAGCAGCUCUGUCAGUGAAUCAAUCUUUAUUUUGGUUGCAAAAAAGAAUGCGCAGGUGAGCGUCUCGCACUCAAUGAUUCUGUUCGGCCACUCAGUGAAACUUGCCCUAUAGCUAAAAUAAUGAAAGCGUGAACACAGGUAUUUCAAUAACUUGGUUUAUAAUUUGAUUUAAAGUGAAGCACAUAAAAUAAACGACGAAUGUCGUGUGAAAUUGUGUUAGCUUGAGGCCGUGCGACUGCACGUGAAAUGUCCUUGGAUAACUGGGGCAAUGAGGACAGCCGUCAAGGAUUUAUACGCAAAGCGUACGAGAGUCCCACGGACGCGAUUGUGCUGGCAAAAAAAUGAGGGCGAGUCGAUGUGCACGAGAGAAUUGCACAUUUCUGUUCGCCGCCACCGUCAGCAGCCUUGAUUUUGGCGAUAUCGAUGCGGUGAUCCAACAAGCUAAAGAAGCAAAGCGUCAGAGGAAAAGCCUCAAGGUUCAUUCGUACGACCCCCACUCCAAACUGAGAGAUGAACAUCGACCUUAUAGCAAACAAACUCGUCUGCAGUUGCUGCUGCAACACCGGGCAGUGCAGGAAGUCCGCUCAGAAGAGGUCACCGAUGAAAACUUGAAUCCGAGAAGGACAAAAAAAAAAGACGAAAGUAAAACGAACCCCCCCUCCCCCCGAAAAAAAAAAGACCAGAAAUCGCAUGCAACAAUGUUCCUGUGGUACGAGAAACUGCCAAGGAGACCAACGCGGACGAAGAUUAUGUUUACGACAUUCAAGAACAACCAUUAUGACAGCAACGCUGAAGAUCCAGAUUACCCAGAUGACGACAAAUACUUCCAAAAACAGCUGGACGUGUAAGCUGGAUGUUAUGAAACGAUGGGUACCAACUUCGUGAGCCAUCGACUGAACUCCCUGAGCUUGGACUUCAGUGAAUAAGUUUACCCGGCGCCCCUGAGUGCUAAGCUGCUUCAGCAUUUGCACGAAGGUAAAUAUAAAAAGGGGGCCUGAAGAAGCAACCCACCCCUGCAGAAUGGCCUCGAGCGUGGCGAUGAUGAGGCCCAUCUUGGCGACGUCCUGUUUAGACUUGGCCUCGUCCAAUUCGUAGAAAAGGUCACGCGUGGGAAUCGAGGGCAUCACUGAGGUGCUGGUGAGUCGGAACUGCAUGCUCGUCGAUUUGUCCAUCACUUUGUCCAUGAACGCCGAGUGCUUGCGAAUGGGGUCCUGCGCACCUAGGUCUUGGUAGCUUCUGCCCUUGCUGAGCCGGAGCUGCGUGUUUUUGAAAGAAAAAAAAAAGAUAGUUUGUUCAGAAAAAUAACUUGCACUGCCGACAAAUACUCUACAGUCUCUUGCUAUAUACAUACCGGGUGUC